GGGGGGCCGCCGGUGGUGCGGCGGGUGGGCGGGGUCCCUGCUCCCGGUGCCAGCCUCCCUGGGAACUCCCCACGCUGAUCAUCCCAGAGGAGUUGAGGUUUGCAGCCUGCUAUGGAGAUCUCCUGCUUCAGCAGCCACCUGGGCUGGGCUACGUGUGUGCUGGUGCUGGCCCUGCUCCUCCGAGUCAGGAGAAAGGGCUCCUGGCACCCCCGCGUGUCUCCCACUGACCUGACGGGCAAGACGGCCAUUGUCACCGGAGCCAGCUGCGGGAUCGGGAAAUACGUCGCCUUGGACCUGGCCCGCAGGAACGCCCGCACCAUCCUCGCCUGCUGCAACAGAGAGCGGGGGCAGGCGGCGGUGGAGGAAAUCCAGCGGGCCACCGGGAACCCAAACGUGCUUCUGAGGAUCGUGGACAUGAGCAACAUGGCCUCCAUCCGGCGCUUUGCUAAGCAGAUCCGGCAGGAGGAGAAGCGGCUGGACAUCCUGGUCAAUAACGCUGGAGUCACAGGUUUGCCGUUCUCCAUCACCUCCGAGGGGCUGGAGCAGACGUUCGCCACCAACUACUUGGGCCCUUUUCUUCUUACCAAUUUGCUGCUGGACACCAUGAAGGCGUCCGCUCCCGCCCGCAUCGUGAACGUCUCGUCCUUCGUACACUUCCAGGGCAUGGUCAACGUGAAGCACCUGACCGGGGAGGAGAGGACCAAGAACUUUGACCAGACCUACAAGAGCACCAAGCUCAUGAACGUCCUGUUCACCAAGGAGCUGGCCGGGAGGCUGCAGGGCACAGGGGUGACGGCCAAUUCCCUCAACCCUGGCGUCGUGAAGACACAAAUCAUGCGCCACUUCAACUGGCUGGUUCGUCUGCUGUUCAGCAUCGUCGGCAUCUUCUUAAUGUCCGCUGAGGAGGGAGCAGCCAGCACCAUUUACUGUGCCGUCUCCGAGGAGCUCGCGGGUAUCACGGGGAAGUACUUCGACAGCGACUGCAGGCUGACGCUGCCCUCUGCGGCUGCCCGCGACCCAGGCCUGGCCCGCAAGCUGUGGGAGGAGUCGGAGCGACUGACGGGCCUCGCUGAGAGCAGGGGCAUGUGAACAAUGGAGCCCGUCGCCCCUGCCCUGCAGCACCCGGCUACUCCCGCAGGCGCAGGGCUGGGGGCCUGCGGGAGCUGGGACCCGGGGCGAGCAGGAGGGGAGAUGGGGUCGCGCAGAAACCAGGCUGGCAGGAAGGCGGGAAUUAGCUGAGCCAUUGCAAGGUAGGGAUGCCAACUUUCUACUCGCACAAAACCGAACACCCUUGCCCCACUCCCUGCCCCUUCUCCGAGCCCUCCCAUGCCCCCAUCACUCGCAUUCCCAUCCUCACUCACUCGCUCAUUUUCACCAGGCUGGCUUAGUGGGUUGGGGGUGCGGGCUCUGGGGUGAGGCUGAGGGGUUUGGGGUGCAGGAGAGUGCUCCAGG